GGCAUGUGACAAUUGUAGCAGAACGUGUGUAGGGCCGGAUCUAGCCUGUCCGAUAUGGGGGGUGCAGUAACACAGGGCACAGGACAGGGGUCACAGCCGGCAGGGCAGGGGUCACAGUCGGCAGGGCACAGGGCAGGGGUCACAGCCGGCAGGGCACAGGGCAGGGGUCACAGUCGGCAGGGGACAGGGGUCACAGCCGGCAGGGCAGGGGACAGGGUUCACAGCUGGCAGGGCAGAGGACAGGGGUCACAGCCGGCAGGGCACAGGACAGGGGUCACAGCCGGCAGUGAACAAAAUGCGAUAUCUCCUGCGCUCCAGGACCCAGACCGGUGAGCUGACUGGGCAGAGGACAGGGGUCACAGCCGGCAGGGCAGAGGAAAGGGAACACUGCCGGCAGAGAACAGGAGUCACAGCCGGCAGAGGACAGGGGUCACUACCGGCAGGGCAGAGGACAGGGUCACUACCGGCAGGGCAGAGGACAGGGGUCACAGCCGGCAGGGCAGAGUAAAGGGGACACUGGUGGCAGGGCAGAGGACAGGGGACACUGGUGGCAGGGCAGAAGACAGGGGUCACUGCUGGCAGGGCAGAAGACAGGGGUCACUGCUGGCAGGGCAGAGG